AUGGCACCUGUUACCUAUGACAUUCCUGCCACUCAGCAGGUUACCACCCCCCAGAAGCCAGCUGUCUCUCUGGAUGUCUUCCCUGAUGGCUUGAAGACCACUGGCCAACAGCCCCCCCUUUACGAUCAGAUCAGACCUUUCUCCGAGUUUCCCAAGAAAAUCACCGGACCAACCGUAUGGAAGGCUGAAGACUACAAGGACAGCCCUGAGAAAUGGACCCAUCGGUUCACUGAGGAAGAAUGCGCCGAGAUGAGCGCCGCUGCCGAUGACUUCGUUGCUUCCGGCAUUCCCCUGACCGCCAUCUCUAAGAACAACUUCAGGCUUCCCAAGUUUGCUAAGUUCCUCGAGGUUCUGAGGAAGGACAUCAUUGACGGCAAGGGAUUCAUUCUCUUCAAGGGAUUCCCAGUCCAUGAAUGGGGCACCCGCAAAGCUGCGAUUGCCUAUAUGGGCCUUGGAACUUAUCUUGGAUACUUCGUCAGCCAGAACAGCCGUGGCCAUGCUUUGGGACACGUAAAGGAUCUUGGCGAAGACUCUGGAAAGAUCGACAAAGUCCGUAUCUACAGGACCAACGCUAGACAAUUCUUCCACACCGACGACUCUGAUAUCGUCGGAUUGCUCUGUGUCGCCAAGGCACUUGAAGGUGGCGAGUCUGAUAUCAUCUCAUCUCACCACGUCUAUAACGUGCUUGCUGAGGAGCGCCCUGAUGUCCUCGAGACUUUGACGAAGCCCAACUGGUACGUUGAUAGGAAGGGUGAAGUUAGCGUUGGUGAGGAAGAAUAUAUCAGAGCCGCCAUCAUGUACCUGGAACCUAACGGAGGCCGCGUUUACACCAAAUGGGACCCCUACUACGUUCAGUCUCUUAGCCGCUUCUCCGAUGCAGGGAUCAUCCCACCACUUUCCCCAGAGCAGGUCGAGGCCAUGGAAGUUCUCGAGGCCACUUGCCUUCGACUCUCUCUCCACAUGAUCCUUGAUGUUGGUGACAUCCAGUUCCUCUCCAACUCCCAGGUUCUCCACGCUCGUACCGCCUACCGAGACUUCCCACCACCAGGCCCUCGCAGACACCUCAUGAGACUCUGGCUCUCUACCCCUGAGGAUGAAGGUGGCUGGAACCUCCCAUUCUGGGACACCAACGAGAAGAAGCGUGGCGGUAUCCAGGUCAAUGACAACGCUCCAGUCGCCAACUUGGAUGCUGACUAA